AUGGAGGACUGGAAACCAUCUGAAUAUUGGAAGAAGGUUAUCUGUUUCAUGAUGAUUCGCUCCGGCUGUCAAAAUGUCGACAUCAUGACUGCUGUUGAAUGCUCUGUGAACACAACAAAAGCUGUAAGACGUGAUAUGAGCAGCCUGAAAAACCGAGUUACCCAAACGAUGAUGGCCUUUUAUCGUAAUGGUGGUGAUGGUGAUGUCGAAGAUGACAGCGACGACGAAGCAGUUGAUGAAGACACCGACGCCUUUGACGACUUGGACGCCUUUGACGACUUGGACGCCUUUGACGACAACGACUUUAAUGACGAUGAUAAUAACGAUGAAAACGACGUUGAUAUUUUGGAUAAUGAUCCUGAUCACAACGAUAGCAGUGAUUACGAUGGCGAUAACGAAAAUGAUACAGAUAUGAUUAAACCAAAUUAA